UACCCAAGGGAAACCCCACCCCCUCCCCUCUCCCCUUCCCUGUCUGUCUGUCUGUCUGUCUGUCUCCAUCCAUCCUUCUCUCCCCUCCUCCGCCCCCGCUCCCCUGCGCCUCCUGCCCUCCUCCCAACCCCACCCGGCCACCACCUCGCCCCACCCUGCGUGCCCGGCACGUGCUCCUCUCCCUCUUCAACCCUAACUCCGGUGACUACCCGAGCGCGUGCGCGCGGACCACCGGCCAGGCCAAAGGAGCCGCCUUUUCAUUUCUGCCUUCUCGGGAGGGAGGGAAGGAGGGAGGGUUCUCGGGGACGCGCAUGGACCAUGGCGGCGGCAGCGGUGGGGGUGGAAGUGGAGGCGGGGGCGGAGCGCCGUCGAGCAGCAACAGCGGCGGGGGGAGCGCCGGAGGUACGAGCGGAAGCCGUGGCGGCGGCAGCGAUCACCAUCCGCACCACCCAUUCUACUACGCUGGCCCAGCGGAGCCCAACAACGUGCAGCAGCAGCCGCAGCCGCAGCAGUUCAUUGGGUCGCUCGCCAUAACCCCCGUCGUCACCGACCAAGCCCCGGCUUCCUCGGCGGAAAAGAAGGCGGUCGCGCCAGUGACUCCAUCGGCCGGCGCACUGGCGAAGCGGCCAUCCAAGGACCGGCACACCAAGGUGGAUGGCCGGGGAAGGAGGAUACGGAUGCCGGCUCUGUGCGCGGCGCGGGUUUUCCAGCUCACGCGGGAGCUCGGCCACAAGUCCGACGGCGAGACCAUCGAGUGGCUGCUGCAGCAGGCGGAGCCAGCCAUCCUCGCCGCCACCGGCACCGGCACCAUCCCGGCCAACUUCUCCUCCCUCAACAUCAGUCGCGCGGCCUCCGGCACCAGCCGCCCCGCGCCAUUCCCCGCCCUCGCGCUCCACCCCCACCACCACCACCACCAGUCGCCGCACCCUCAGCACGACAUGUCCACCAUGCUGGGUUACCACCACCUGCUCCCGCCGCCGCAGGAGCCGCCCCAGGACGCAAAUAGUCCCGGCUCGUUCAUGAGGAAGCGGUACCGAGAGGACCUGUUCAAGGAGGACGACGAGCGGCAAGAUCCUAACGCGCCCAAGGCGCGCGAGCAGCAGGCGGCGCCGCCCGCCGCAAUGUGGGCCGUGGCGCCGAACAGCGCGGCGCCUGGAGGCGCGUUCUGGAUGUUGCCCGUGUCCGCGAGCCAGGCUGCCGCGGCUCGGCCGACCGAGCAGCCUAUGUGGUCUUUCGGCGGCGGCGGGGGGAGCAGCACCGUGCAGGCGCCGCUGCAGUUCAUGUCAACAAGGGUGAACUACCCUGGCAGCGCCGGCGCGAUGGGCGGCAUUCCCGACACCAACAUCGGCAUGCUUGCUGGGCUCAAUGCUUACGACCGCGGCGGCGGGGGCGGAGGAGGUACGGAAGAAGAGCAGCAGCAGCAGCAGGAGCAAGACCAGCAACAGGAAAUGGAGCAGCAGCGCGACGGCAGCGGCGGUGGCAACGAGGGCGAAGAGGACGGCGACGACGACAGCGGCGGAGAAGAGGAAGGCCAUGGCAACAACAGCUCACAGUAAGCUCGCAUGAUGAAAAACUCUGAAUCCACCAUGAUCAUAUCGCAAUCGUGCUAGUGGGGUGGGCUAGAAUCGAAUCCUGGGAUUGCCUGAGGCCAUCAUUGGACUGCUCACUGCUGGGUUAAGAAGAAGAUUGGAGAAAUGGAUGAUGGGAAGGAAGAAAGCAACUGAAUGCAAGAACAAGACUUCUUGCUAGUCCUUAGGCCUCGUUAUUUUUGGUGGUAUUUUUUUGUCUGUUUAUUUUAUUUUCCUUGUUGGAUGGAUUGAUCCGUGAUGAAUGAUUGGCAUGUUUAGAUGGGUGCGAUGAUUGGUAGUGGUAGUGGGUCCCGACUCAGGAGGGGCCAGGAGGAAGAAACCAGUUUUAUUUGUACAGUUGAUCAUCUUGAUUUGUGCUGCAACUUCAAUUCUUGUUUUAUCUUUCA